AUGGAUCUGGAUCAUAGCGAAGACGACCUUGAUAUAACAGAGUAUUUUGAUGAAUCUUUCCACUGUAAUGAGGACAUUAGUAAUAUAACUAACAAUAUAGAGUCAGUAUCUUUGAAAGAAGGUGACUCAUUUGACGAUUUUGAUGAAGCUGAAUUUUAUGUACAUCGAUUUUCUGAAUCUAAAGGGUUCAAAAUACGACUUGGACGUGUAAAAAUGAUAGAUACGGCAGAAAAUAGCAAGGAAGUUCAUAAACGAACAAUUCUCUGUAAACACUCAGGUCUAUUUAGACCAAAAAAUGCUGAGAAUUUCUGCGUAUUUGUCACCACUCUAAACGAUAAUCAUAACUAUGAUUUAUCAUCUAAAGCAAUUCAGUUUGAAAAAGAUAAACAGUUCACAGAAGAAAUGUGGGAAGAAAUUAACUUUCUUGUCACUAAAUGUCAUCUUAGUGCAACUAUGAUACGUCGUAUCUUAAAAGAGAAGUUUUCUUCUCAUCCUAUAUUUGCUAGAGAUUUUUAUGUUGAGAUACAGCGGUGUCGACCAUCAUAUAGUACAAUUAAAUGUGACGCAUCACAGUUUUAUGAGCAACUAUUAUCCAAACAAUGGGAAGAUUCUCGUUGUCCUGAGCAAAUUAUGUUAUGGUGUGAAUUUAAUGAGGCAGUUGGGCACGAUAAUACUGUAGGCUUUUUUGCUGCAAAAUUAUUCCUUGAGUGCCAUCUCUAUAAUAGACGCUUUUCGUGGGCAUGUGCCUUUACUACCAUGAUAUUCACACUCAGUAUUCAAAUUACAUCAUUUGUCGAAAGUCAGAAUGCAUGCAUCAAGCGGGUGUUAGAGAAUAGCAACACAUCACUAUAUGAUUUAAAUAAAGUAUUAAUAGAAUGUAGCAAAGAGGAACAAAAAAGAAAGCAAUUUGAGGAAUGGAAAAGAGGUGUUUCUUCUAUGACAAAUGCAACUACUAUUUUUCCUUCUAUUAAAUCUUUAGUUAAAUAUUACCUAAGACCAAAUAUUGCACACUUUUUGGUUGAACAAAUGAAGGAAAGUUUAUAUUACACUGCUAGCCAUGCUAUAGUUGAAGAAAUUGAAUCACUUACUUCUUACGAAUCUUCACAAAGUGAAGAUAUAGAUGAUAAGCCUGAUGCUAUUGUUUUGUGUGCUAUGUAUCUUUUAAAAUGUUUAGAACGUACCUCAAUUGUGGAGAUUUGGAAAAUAUCAAGGGUUACAAGUCAAGGGGUUAACCAUUUUAUAUUUCUUCUUUCAGAUGGCUCAUAUAGCUGCACUUGUCUUUUGCAACAAAGUAAAGGGCUUGUUUGUCAUCAUUUUUACCAUCUCCUAAAUAUUACCAUUAAGGCACAAUUUAGUUUGCAAUUAAUUGCACCACGUUGGAUUCCUAAAUCCCAACGAUUAGAUGCAGUGAAGAAAUGUGUGUACUUUGGUCAGCGUUUCAGUAAUAUUAAAGAUAAAACUACUGAUAUGGAUAUAACUAUGAGCAAUAAGAAUCAUGAAACAGAAGAGAUUACCGAUGAUGAUUUUAUUGAUGAAAUGCUUUUUUAUAGAAAAGUUUGGGGUCUUGCACGUACUGCUAUAAACAAAUGCAUGUUACAUCGUGAUAAUGAGUUUAUUCUGUUAAUUAAAAAUUAUUUGAAUAGGGUUCGCACUAGAGAGGAAGAAUUAGUUAGAUCACAAGAAGUAGUGGUCUUAACUAGUCAAAAUGUUGUUGAAAAUACAGAGGUUAGUAUGAUCCAGCUUGAGAAUCCUCAGAAAGUAGUUGGUAGAGGAAGACCAAAAGCAGAAAGUCAUCAUAAUAAGGAUAUCACGAAUAUUACAACACAAGAAGCAAAUAAAAAAAAAU